GCGCAGUUAACAGCUGAUUAUCUUGAGCAGCUGUAAUUUGGUUCAAAAUUUGCAAACGUACGGCACAAAAUUUUUUGUUAAUUUUAUUAAGCGGAUAAAACUUAUUGUUCUGACUUCUUAAUUCAAAAGAAGCGUCGUAGCAACAGUUCCUAUAAGUUUGUGCAGGCAACAAAUAGCAAAGAUGUCUAAAGACAAUAGCGGCAUGUCGCACAACUCCAGUAAUAUGUCCCUAGAGGAUUGGACCGAUCACAUUAACACGCGUCUGGAUGUAAUCUAUAAAGACCUUUGCGACUUUGAACAAAGCGUUACUGCACAAAACGAAUCUAACGAUGCGGGUGAAGUAAAACUGAUGGAGCUGCUUGAGGCAGUUAAUGAGAUACAGCGCACCGCCCGCAGCAUACGCCCUAUAACGGGCACAUUGAAAGACAAACAGGCGCAUAUGCGUGAACAAAUGGAGAUGUUGCAACGGUCAGUAGAGCUGAUGGAAUUGGAGAAUAGAACGCGUGCAGUGGACAUUAUGGAAGAGCCGAUGGAGUGACGGCGGUGUUGCUAUAAACAACAGUUACAUUAGCAUAUGCGAGCGAUCAUCUACAUCAACAUAAAUACAUACAUACAUACAUACAGUGCCGCAGCAUUUAAUUAGCCUCCAAUUUUCAAUACUUUCGUAAGCAUUUAAGUAUUAUUAACUUAACUUUGAAAUAGUUCUAAGUAUGCAUGUAUUUUAGUGGAAUAAGUAUAAAAGAUGGCGCACAGCUGAAAUUAAUAGUUUAAAGGUUUGGAUAUUAAUUUGAUGUUAUUUGUUAGCGUAAAUGAGUAAAUUGUUUUCUGACUGGGGGAGCUUAGUUCGUGCUUUUAACUUUCAAUUUAAAUUAAUUUCCGAAUUUAUAUGUUUAUUGUUAUAAUUUAUUUAUUUUUUUGGAAUUUUGAAAAAUUAAAUUGUUUUGUAAAAAAUUAAUUUUUUUUUGUAAUUUUCCAAAUUUUUUUUUUUGUACUUUUGCAAAAUUCAAUUUUUUAGUUUUUUUAUGUCAAUAAUUUAUUUUAUAUAGUCAACAUCAAUUAUGCUCAAUUAUCAUUUUUAAUUAAUGGCAAUUUAACUAUGAAUAAAGUUAUUUUUCAAUUUUAUAAAUUUUUAAAUAUAUUUUUAUUGAAUUUCAUUAUUUUGCUAGUGCUACAUAAAUACGCAGCAACAAUUUUGCUUGCUUUGCCAUACAAUAACUGUUACUUAACAAGAUUGUUGCUUUGCAGCAGACAUUUUGCAUAUUGUUUUAUAAAUAAACAUACACUUAUAAGUACAUACAUAUAUAUUUCGUUAAUUAUUUUAUAUAAAUAUAUAAUAAAAUUCGUAUAUUCAUUAAUAAAUAUUGGAGAAUUUUGCCAAAUUUAACUUCCAAAAAUGAGGAACAACAGUGGAGAGAAAUAAUUUUGCAUAUGCAUUGAUAAAAAAAUAAAUAGUUAUAUUAAUUAACUUAAUAAAAAAAUAAAUAUAAAUAUAAAAAAAUUAUAAAAAAAAAUAUGAAACGAAAUUAAAAAAAAUAAACAAACAUAUAAAAAGUAUUAAAAACAAAAAGUUAAAAUAUGUAACAAUA